GAAACACUCCCCUUCCUCGUCUUCCUGGAUGGAGUUAGGACUCAUACACAGCACAGCCCUUAUAUAAGAGACACCGGCAGCACCCUGACACCUGUUCUCCGGCUGUAACCGCUCUGUGUGAAGUCACUAUGGGUCUGUGGGCUCUUACCUCAUGGGCCUUCCUGCUGCUACUGGGCCUGGCUGCUACCAGCUUCCUCCUGUACUGCGCUUACAUCCAGUACAUCCACAUGAAGUAUGACCACAUCCCGGGGCCCCCCAGAGACAGUUUUCUUCUGGGCAAUUCUCCUACUUUGAUGAAAUCAAUGAAGGACAAUAGCCUGGUGCACGAGCUGUUUCUGCAAUGGGCCCAGACGUACGGUCCAGUUGUACGUAUCAAUGCCUUGCACAACGUGAUGAUCCUGGUUACCAGCCCUGACGCAGUGAAGGAAAUCCUGAUGUCUCCUAAAUUUUCCAAGGACAAGAUCUACGAACGUGCGUUCAGUCUUUUCGGUGUAAGGUUUAUGGGGACUGGUUUGGUAACAGAUCGCGAUUAUGAGCAUUGGCAUAAACAGAGAAGAGUUAUGGAUCCGGCCUUUAGCAGAACGUACUUGAUGGGGUUAAUGGGGACCUUUAAUGAAAAAGCGGAGGAGCUGAUGGAGAGACUGUGUGAAAGAGCCGAUGGGAAAAGUGAGCUCUCGAUGCACAAAAUGAUGACCAAGGUGACGCUGGAUGUGAUUGCGAAGGUUGCAUUUGGAAUGGAUCUGAACUCUCUGCAGAAUGACCAAACCCCUUUCCCGCGAGCCAUCUCCUUGGUCAUGAGUGGUCUGGCUGAAACACGAAAUCCUCUGGCACAGUGCACCCCAGGAAAACAAGCUUUUCUCCGAGAUGUCCGGGACAGUGUGAGGCUGCUCCGACAGACAGGGAAGGAAUGUAUUGAGAGGAGACAGAAAGUGAUACAAGAUGGAGAAGAGAUACCAGUGGACAUACUGUCGCAGAUUCUCAAGGGGGCAGCUUUGGAAGAAACGUGUGACAUGGAAACGUUGUUGGAUAAUUUUGUCACUUUUUUCAUUGCUGGCCAAGAAACAACAGCCAAUCAGCUGUCCUUUGUCGUAAUGGAACUGGCACGGAACCCCGAAGUACUGGAAAGAGUCCAAGCUGAGGUAGAUGAAGCGAUUGGUUCCAAAAGAGAUAUUGAAUAUGAAGAUCUGACCAAGCUGCAGUACCUAUCGCAGGUCCUCAAAGAGACGUUACGUCUGUACCCCACAGCGCCUGGCACUUCGCGGCUUCUGGAUAAGCAAAUGGUGAUUGAAGGAUUCUCUAUUCCUCCCAGAGUCACCUUAGUGUUUAAUGCAUAUGUUUUCGGAAGGAUGGAGCAGUUUUUCAAGGAUCCGCUCACCUUUGACCCGGAGCGAUUUAGCCCUGAUGCCCAGAGGCCGUACUUCACGUACUUUCCAUUCUCCCUUGGCCCACGGUCUUGUAUCGGACAAGUGUUUUCACAGAUGGAGGCAAAAGUAGUAAUGGCCAAACUAUUACAAAGGUUUGACUUCCAGCUGGCAGAGGGGCAGAGUUUUGACUUAGUAGAUACCGGAACGCUACGGCCCAAGGAUGGCGUGGUCUGCAGACUGAGACUUCGCACAAGCAAGAAAGAAACGAAAUAGAGAUAGUCAGUUACUGUAUCCUGUAGCCGCUAAUAGUUGUCACACAGAUAUUUGUUAGAGGUUUAGGAGCUUAUGGUCUGAUUUAGAGUUGGAUGCUUGGCUGAUAUUUGCGGAUCUGGGUGUUUUGGGGACUGUGCAUGUGUCACAGUAAAAUCACAGUUGCAACAGGAUCUGCACCCACCUUUCAAACAUUCCCUUAAUUCUAUUUAAGUUUUUAUUUUUAUCGAGCUUUGUAUCAUAGGGAUGCAAUUUUGCUAUGCACGUUACAUUUCCUGUCUGUAAACCCAGUGGCUGGUACUGCAGGCAGACUUUUCAGCCUCAGAUAGUAUUAUCUGGUUUUGUUUUAUCACAAGGACUACCUCCACUUCUAUAUGCUGUAUAACAAUCUCCGUAUUUCCUCUUGUUCUGUAAGCUAUAUACAUUUUAGUGACAUAGUAUAUUUAAAGUGACCGCUGAACAAUACACAGAGCAUUCUAGUGACCUUUAUACAAUACAGAGAACAUUCUACUUAUCUCUACAUAAUACAGAUGGUAUGCAUUCACUAUGUCGACAUUCAUAUUUUCGAUACAAAAAUGUUUAGGGGGAGGGGGGGGGGGGGAGACGAUGGUCUGCACACCCUAAUUCCAAACAUAAUGAGAGAUGCUAUCAUGCUGAGACUUAUAGAUGCAGACUCUAUAGUACCAAGCACUGUUAAUCAUAAUAAUAAUAAACUCUGCAAUCUAACAUAAAGGAAAAUUGAGGUGCUUGGCAUAAUUUUUGGCCAAAAAAAUGCCCAAGGCUGUUUUUAAUUGGUAUGGAUCUCUGGCAUUUAUAGACUGUAUAUUGGGAAAUGCACUAUGAUGGUAAGUCCUAAAUAAAUGUAUACAAUUUAGUAUCUUAUUAUUUUUCUACCAAGGUAACACUUUUUAGCAUUCUCAUUAAUACUUCUCACCUAUGUAACACAUAGCUUAUGCUUCUUACUUAUUAACACUUACUAACACUUUAGCCUCUCACUAGUGUUGUGCCUUGGGGUGGCUGGACUGUGCUGACUUGGUGGGGUCCUGUGCCCUGGACUUGAACUGUAGUGUUAUGGGCCGACCAGAUGAGGCCUCCUGGACGUUGGUUGGUGGGCCCAUAUUUUUGGGCCAAAAAUGAAGCCGAGCACCAAAAUUUUGCUCUAUGUUAGAUUUCAGAGUUGAUUAUAAUUAUUCUGAUUAGCAGGGAUUGGCACUAUAGAGAGUGCAUCUGCAUUUUCUUUCUUGCUGUGUGAUACCAGAAUGUUAAAUGUUAUGAUGACCUUUGUACAAUACAGAGAGCAUUCAAAUGACAUCUGAACAAUGCAGGGAGCAUUCAAGAGCCCUCUAUACAAUGCAGGGAGCAUUUAAGUCAUCUCUAAACAAAGCAGGUAUCAUUUAAAUGACCUCUGUACAAUACAGAAAGCAUUCUAGCAAUCUCUCUACAGAAUAUAAAACACUGUAUUGUUCUCUAUUAGAUUCUUAAUAUUAAAUAUACAGUACAGAGAGAAUUCAAGUGAUUUUUCAGUCUAAAGAUUUUUCAGUCUAAAUACAUGGAAUGUAUACCUAAAUGUAAUUAUGCAUAAAAU